GCGCUCCAAAAGGGGAUCGACAUUGAAGGCAUCUGGAUUUCUAACGACAAUACGCCAUAUCCAAGUCCAUGCCGAUCAGCUACACCCGUGGAAAGCCGGCCCCAAAGCAUCGUUUCAUCACGAAUGACAUUAGAAAAUGAGAUGAGGAUGAGCGAUAUCCGUCAACACGGCCAGACAUGUCCGCCAGCAUCUAAUGUGGAUGUCCCCAGAUCUCCUUAUGUUUCGAGAGUCAUAAGUGAACCAUCUGCUGGCAAAUACCGACCUCAAAACAAUCAGGUCAAUUUACCCCGUAAUUUCAGCCGUCUUAGUCGCCAUCCGGUUUUGAGGCGUGACGAUGUCGAAGUCGCGCAUGGCUCUGGUUUACAUAAAACCCCUAGCAACCCUGGCUUUCAUAGAUCGUCAGAUUUGGGGAGGGGACACGAAAAUAUACAAAGGCCAAAACCAGCCCGAGCAACUUCACACCGGAAAUGCCAGCGCUCAUCAGAAGAAUUCAGGCGGAUAAUGAGCGAGAUAUUUGAAGAGAACUUUCAAUUAGACGCUAGCGAGUCACUUCAACUUAACAUUAUCUCUCCAAGACAUUAUUUCUAAGGGGUGAAAAGAAGCUCAAUCCUCUCUGUUCACGAUCCCUGUAUUGCUCGUUCAUCGUGGAUAUUUUUGUCACUCAUGAGCAAAACAAACAAUGGAAAAAAGAGAGGACGUUGACUAGUAAGGAUCAGACUUACUCGAGGAGCUUUAGCACGCCUACUGGUUGUGUUGUUG